AUGGCAAGUCUAGGCGCAACGAAGAAGCACAAGGUCAUGGUGGUUGGGUCUGGGAACUGGGGGACCACCAUGGCAAAGAUCGCAGCUGAAAACACCAAGGCGAACCCGAACCUCUUCGAGCCAGACGUCCGCAUGUGGGUCUACGAGGAAGAGGUCACACUUCCCAAGGAGUCGAAGCUAUACGAUGGCGACUCAGAAAAGAAGCACAAGCUCUCCGAGGUUAUCAACAAGGCGCACGAGAACGUCAAGUAUCUUCCUGGCGUCACGCUCCCGGACAACGUCAUAGCAGAACCCUCCAUAAAAGAGGCGGUCAAGGACGCCACGAUCCUCAUAUUCGUCCUACCCCACCAGUUCAUCGCGAAGUCCUGCGACCAGAUCAAAGGCCACAUCCUCCCCUUCGCGCGCGGCAUCUCCUGCACCAAGGGCGUCGACGUCUCCGAGAGCGGCGUCCAGCUCUUCUCCGAGUCCAUCGGCGCCAAGCUGGGCAUAUACUGCGGCGCGCUGUCCGGCGCCAACAUCGCGUCGGAGAUCGCGCAGGGCAAGUACUCCGAGACGACCGUGGCCUACGACCCGCCGCCCAUGGACUCGCGGCAGCCAUCGCGGCAGGGCAGCCCCACACAAUCGCCCUCGGCCUCGACGGUCGAACUCGUGAACCCGCAUAUGGAACAUACGGAGCACAGGUCUGCGAAGCUGUCGCCUCUGCCGAUCGACUUCCCCCCCCUGAGCCAUGAGAACAUCAAGAAGCUCUUCCACAGACCUUACUUCCACGUGCGCAUGGUGUCGGAUGUGGCGGGCGUGUCUCUCGGCGGCGCGCUCAAGAACAUCGUCGCGCUGGCCGCCGGGUUCGUGGACGGGCUCGGGUGGGGCGACAACGCGAAGGCGGCCGUGAUGCGCGUGGGCUUGCUCGAGGAGGUCAAGUUCGGCGAGAAGUUCUUCUCGGAGAGCGUCCAGGCGAGGACGUUUACGGAGGAGAGCUGUGGGGUUGCGGAUAUCAUCACGAGUUGCUCGGGCGGCAGGAAUUUCAGGUGCGCGAAGAUGAGCAUUGAGAGGGGAGUUAGCAUCAAUGAGAUCGAGGAGACGGAACUUAAUGGGCAGAAGUUGCAGGGCACGUCGACGGCGUAUGAGGUCAAUAGCUUCCUGAAGAGCCAGGGGAUGGAGAAUGAGUUCCCGCUGUUUACGGCGGUUUACAACAUCCUCGAGGGCAAGACGAAGCCGGAGGAAAUUCCGGACAUUAUUGAGCCGAAAGACUAA